CUGUCUAAUGAAAACCUUGUCACCAGAAUGAAGUGUUUGCGAUGUUAGUUCAUGUCUUUACUCUGUGCUGCCGGUGUUCUCCAAAGUGUGAGAGAUGGCAGAAAAGAGGACAGCUUGCAGCUUCUUCAUCAUCUUCACAAUUUAUCUGACCUUCAUCUUCCACCCGAGCCAUGGUUUCAAGGUGAUUCAGCCUCAGAAUCUGACCGUGACUCCGUCAGCCUCCAUCAGCUGUGAACACACUGCAAACGUCAAAUCUGUGAAAGAUGUUCGACUCAACACCAUUUCAAAAACAGGCACAAGCACAAUGCUCUGCCAGAAGGGAAUGCAAGACUGUAAAGACAUCAUCAUGCAUCAAAAGGAUCCCAACAAGUGGCUUUUCAUCCUAUUCAACAUCGAGCCAGAGGCCAUGAAGAUGAAAUACGAGUGUGAGUUCACGGUGGAAGAAGGCGGGUUGGAUAAAACCAAGUUAGGAAAUGCAACCAUACUCCUUUCAGGUCAAAAGGAAGUGACCUGCCCGCCUCAGCCUCCGCCUUCACCUCCAACUUCACCUCCAUCUUCACCUCCAUCUUCACCUCCAUCUUCACCUCCAUCUCAUUUGCUCAGCUGGAUUCUGAUUGGUCUGCUGGCUCUGAUGUUCCUGUACAGCUGUCUCAUCACCGCUUUCUACAUCAGACUGACGUGCAGCGACACAGAUCCUGAGAACUCCACAUACGUAGAAAUGCGGAAAGCUCCUCGGCCGUGUUCACCUGUGGACAUCUACUGUGGGUAGCCAUCGUGCUUCAUCUUCGGCCACAUCAUGUAAUGAGGGGGUGUUUUUCAUGCCGUUGUUAUCAUAAUUGCAAAUAUUUCUAUUGUAAAUGAGUGGAAAAGUCCUGCAACAACUGCAGAUAAACAGCAGAGUGAGACAGAGACUGUCUAAAGCGAACAUGCUUGUAUUAUGUAUGCAAUGUGGCACCCUGAUGUUAUUGAUUUGAUUGGAUAUGUAUAUAUAUAUGUAUAUAUAUAUAUAUAUUGCAAUUUAUUAUGAAUUUUAAACUUUUUUUCUAUCAAUGCAACAUUUUCUUACAAACUAAAAGCCAAAAAUGUUUUAUAUUUAGACAUGAUAUAAAUGUAAGUGUAUUGAUACAGAACUAUGCUAUACAGAAAAUGCAUGCAUGUACAGUAUAUGUAUAGUUCCUAUGUCCAAAAAAAGUGAAGAUAUGGGUAUGAUUUAUAACAAUAACAUCUACAAUUAAGGUUUAUAGAGGUCAUGUUAUGUAUUCUAAAAUAAAUAUGUGUCACAUGCUAGAGCAGGAUAAUAAUAUUGGCAAAAUAACUUUUAAGAAAAAUAAAGAUAUAAUGGGCCUACUGCAAAUCCUAACACACAAUUAUUCUUAUAGAAAUCUGGUAAUGAGUUUUUCACUCACUGUCUGCAGCAGGAAUGAGUCUCAUUGAACAGAAACACAGAUCACUCUUCUCACGCUCACAGUGAAUAUGAGACACAAGUAGGCUGACACAAAAAACAAAGCAGCCGGUGUCUGACGGUCUGUGAACUGCAGGCAUUGCAAACAUGUCAGUGAGGGUGUGGGAAUGCCUGAAAAGAAACAAAAGCAUCUCAAGUCAUUUGUUUGAACGUUCCAGCUGUCAAACUUAAAUAUACUGAUGUAAAUAUAGCAGGUUCACGAGCAUAGCCACUGUUCCUUAGUCUACUUGUGCUCAGUUUUUCUCCUUCUUCUCUUAAGUACUCUAUCAUCUGAAUCUGAAGCACUUUGACAUUAACAACUCAAGGUCAUACCUACAUCCAGAACAUACAUCUUGAUUAUCAUUUGCAUCACUAAAAAUGUCAUUUUUUUUUACAUGUAUGCUAGCUGUGAUG